AUGGGAGAUGAAGUGACUACAAGCAAUGGCAUCAUGUUCCUCCUAUUACUACUUAUCUCAAGCUUAGUCGGCGGCAAUUAUCUUCGUUCAAGGCCUUCUUGCUGAGUCCAGCCAUCUGGAUUAGCGACCUUUUUAGGAAUUGUUUUUGGAGCAUUUUUCAUAAUGAUCGGCGAAUUCUCCUCAUUUAAGCCUGUAACUCAGCUGAAUGCAGAUUUUUUGUUUUUAUUUUUACUGCCGCCAAUUAUUUUUGAAAGCGGGUACAACAUGGAAACUCAUGCAUUCUUCAAACAAUUUGGAAGCUCUCUUGCUUUUGCUUUUCUAGGGACUUUUAUAUCUGCGAUUAUAAUAGGAACGAUUGUCUUUGUGCUUGGAGUCAUUGGAGCAACUUAUUCGUUGAGUUUAGCCACUCAUCCUAAAUGAUCGUGUAUUUUUGACAGUUGGUCAUUUUCCUUGGAAAUUUGGUCGAAACUUUUCAAGUUUCUAUCAAAUGGCACACUAUUUAAAAACUUUGACCAAAUUUCUUUAAUCAAAUGCUCUAUUAAAAGUGCAUGGUAAUUGGGCCUCCACCCGAGUUUAGCAGAAAGCUUCAUUUUUGGAAGCUUGAUAUCCUCAACUGAUACUGUAAGUGUGCUAGCAAUUAUGAAGGAUUUAGGAAUGGAUGCAUCUAUAUAUAAUGUGAUAUUUGGAGAAAGCAUAUUUAACGAUGCAGUCACUAUUGUUUUGUAUCAGACUAUUCUGAGAGUUAAUAAGUCAGAUAUGAGCUGAAAAAUAUUUUUUGAAGCAGUUGGGCAAUUUUUCUUACUCCCCCCCGAUCCUUGAUCGAACGACUCGCCAUCGUUCGAUCAAGGAUAGGGGUUAAAAAAAAUUUUUUUUGGGAAAAAAAUUUUAUAUAUAUAAAAUAAAAAUAUAUAUAUAUUUUUUUUUAUUUACUUUUAAAUAAGAGGGUUAAGGGUAUUUAAUAAUUAUUUUUAGAGCAAAAAAAUUUAAUUAAUUUCAUAAAAAUACCAAUUUUUAAUAUUUUGAUUUAUUAGUUACCCUUUAAACUGUAUAAAUUUUAAUUUGUUCCUUAUUAAAUUAAAUUUUUUUUUUAAAAUUUUAAAGAACUCUAUUUUAUUAGAUUAUUAAUUUUUUAAGCCUAGAUUGAUGACUAAAAUCACUUCGGAUAGUUGAUUUCGAAGCUUUCUGUCGUCUCAAAGUCUCUGAAAACAACUUCAUUAGGUGCAUCUUCCCAAGCUUUUGAUAACAAAUAUAUUUUUAUAUAUAUAAAAGCUGCAUGAUAUGAAAAUCGUUCGAUCAAGGAUGGGGGUUAAUUUCCCCAAUUUUUAGGAAUUUUUACAGUCAAUCGUUCGAUCAAGGAUAGGGGGGGAGUUAAUAUUUAUCGGAUCAUUUUUAAUUGGAAGUAUAGUCGCUAUGCUGGUGUCUUAUAUUUUAAGAAGAAUUAAUAACAAAAAUCGAAUUAACUUGGAGGCAAGUGCUGUCAUAUUUGGCCCCUGGAUAGCAUACUUAUUAUCAGAAGCUCUCAACUUAUCUGGAAUUGUCAGCAUCCUGUUUUGUGGCAUCAUAAUGGCGAGAUAUACGCAGCCAAAUUUAUCAGAAAUAACCCGAGCUGUAGUAGGGAGAGCAUAUUCUGCUGUAAGUGAAGCUUUUGAAACCUUAGUCUUUAUUUUCAUUGGAAUGGGAUUGUUCAGCUUUAAAAUUCCAUAUGAAUCUUUGGAUCCCGCACUCUGCAUAAUCAUAAUCAUUCUUAUACCUGCUUCAAGAGGUGCUCAAAUAAUGGCAUGCUCGAAAUUAAUCAACCCUUGAAGAACACACCCAAUCGGUUCGAAUGAGCAAGUCGUUAUGUGGUUUUCAGGACUCAGGGGUGGGAUUGCCUUUGCUUUAGCAAUCCAAACCCUUGAUGAAUUCAUCAAUGGCGAUAUCAUCUUAACACUCACUUUGAUAUAUAGCCUCUUAUAAUAAAAAUAUGGCAUUCUCUUGAAACUAAUUAGCUCCGCUAAUUGCUUCUCGUUCAUCAAUAUUUUGAUUAUGAAGGAGAUGAUCAGAUGAUCGUGUACUAUUGAUAGUGCGCAUUUUUCCGAAGUGCAUUUGGCCGAAAGUUGAAAGUUUUUGAUAUUGAGAUAUUUUACCAAAAAAAAAAAUUUUAAAAUUCGGCCAAAUGUCACACAAUUUAAAAAUCUGCUUCGAUGAAUGCACGCUAUCAAAAAUGCACUGUCAUUUGGCAUGGAGCCCCCGUCUAUACAAGGCAAGCCCGAUGAUAAGCGGGCUUCUGGUCCUGGAGAAGUGGAAUGCAUCGUGCUUUUCUGCUCGGCCAACCCGAGGAGGUUGACAUAUAGCUGGAACAUAGUCAAGUCGAGUAAGGGAGAGCGAAGUCAGGGCGAGGGAAUGUUGGCGUUGGUGUCUUUUCAAUGGCUCCUUUUAGGGCUCCCUCAAAAGUCAUUUCUGACGAGAAAUGGAAACACCAGUGCGAUGAAAGCGGCAGCAGGAGUCUUGCAGCCUCAUAGGAGAAGUUAAAAGUUAUAGAUAAUAUAAGAUAAGAUAUAUAGUCUCUUAUCUGUACUUAUUAUUUAGAUAUUGAUUGGAGGAACUUUAAUAAAGCCUCUAAUUAAAAGGACUGGCUUAGACUCUGCAAGAUCCCCAUUUGAUAAAGAUAGCGAGUCUCAGACCGGAAAAAUAACAUGUUGCAACUCUGGAAAACAAAUGCUACUUUAUCUUGACGAAAAGUAUUUAUACCCAUUUUUAGUCAGAGAAAAAGAUCAGUCUGGGUAUAUGAGUCCUCAUUUCACUAGUCCAAGAGGUUCUGACAUUUCAGGGAUCCAAUUACCAAAAUUGGUGCCAAACGGAGUAAAUGGAACGCGCGAUUUGGAAGCUCAAGCAAUUGAUACAAUGAUGGCAUGCAAAGGAGAGGACAGCUGCAUUGGCUUACAACAAAUAUAA